AUGAGUGGCAUGGAUCCCGCGUCGACCCGCUGGGAACAGCGCACGGACACCUUCCUCGUUUCGAAAAGUGGGGGAUGGCGUCCAGCAGCAGGGUCGCGCCGUCUGCAAGGGCGCGAAAUAUAUGAUUUCGCCGCCUCCGGUGACACGAACAGCACGAACAGCACUGGUGGGGCCAACGUAAAGAUCGCAGUGGUUGUGCUGGUGGUUGGGUUCCUCGCGUUGGUGCUCUGGAAGUGCUGCAGGCGAAAGCGAACGACUCUAGAUGGCGAGAACAAGGCGCGGGUGCGCACCGGCGCGGCCCGCGACGAAGCGGAAGGCGCCGUAGAUCUUGAGCAGGGGGGAUCGCCGGAGGUGGUGGUGGUGGUACCGAACGCCGCCGAGUCUGCGAGUGCGCCCAUGCUGGAGGAGGGGGACGCAGCAGCAGUAGUGUUGCCGACGACGGUACCGCUGGCGACCGAGGUUUCCAGAGCCGCCGACAUCGAGGAGGGUGGAGCACCAACGACACCCCCUUUUCCCGCCGAUGUCCAGGGAAAAGAUGACAAGCGCAGCGUUAACGAACAGCGUACAGAACUUGGUGCAGCCGCGAGCCCUGGGGCGGAGUGCACCGUAGAGCCGGUACCGGCAGCGACAGCGGCAGCACCUCCACCAAGCGACGACAUCGACCAGACGCCGCGGCGCCGGGGCCUGCAAAAGCGGCUGCGAGCUCUAGCCCAGCGGAGAGCCACCCUAGAAACGGGCGCAGCCGAGGCGAGUCGCCGCGAGGGUGAAGCCCAAGAGAAGAUCGACGAGCUUUCAGCUUUGCAGGCCGCCGCUACCAACCGCCUCAACCACGACAGAGCGGUGGGCGAGGCGCGGCAAGAUGAGCUAAGGAGCCAGCUCCGCGCGGAGAGGGCGAGCGAUCACUCGGAAAGCUUGGAGCGCGCCGAGAUUGAGGAAUGGGAGAGUCGCGCACUUCGUGCGGAGCAGCAUGCGAGCGAGCCUGAGCACGCCAUUGCCGAACAGGAACAUGAGGCCGUCGUUCUGGAAAACCUUCUGUCGGAGGAGCAGCAUGACGGAGAGAAGGGGGACGAGCACGGGGCUGCUGCAGGACCAGCCCCGGCAGAGGUCGACCACGCGGAGGCAAUGGGCCUCGCGAGGAGCGCAGGGACGGCAGCGGAGGGCAGCAUCCAGGAGCUCUUCGUGGCGAACUCCAUCGAGGAAACCGGCAUCGCCGAGAUGGCGACCACAGUCAAGCACGUGAUGGGCGUCGUGAGCCACGAUAGGGAGCGCCUGACCGUGCACAGGGGCCUCGGGCAGGGAAAGUGUGGGAAGGUGGAGGAAGUCGAGUUUGCUGACUUUCCCGAGGAGUACUUCGCGCUCAAGACCGUGGCGAAGGGAGCUGAUGAGUACACGAAGCACGCUGCUUUGGUCGAGAUGAUGGUCUUUGCCCGGCUAGCUGGACAGCCCCACGACAACGUGCUCGGCGCUCUCGCCGUAGACGAUUCAUCCCCCUUGAUGCCGAUAAUGAUGCCCAAGGCCACGGACGACCUGGAGACUCGCAUGAACAACGACUCUCUCGCCAUCGGGGACAAGUUGAGGCAAGUACUGACAGCCAUAUCUGUACUGGUGGUUGACCUGGCGCGGGCCACGCGACACCUCCACGGCAUGAACAUCGUGCACCGAGACAUCAAGCCGGGCAACCUCCUGGUGUUUGAGACGGAAGAGCUCGGGCUGCACGGCAAGCUGGCGGACUUCGGCUUUGCCAGAGAAAUCGGUGAGAGUUGCCCGGCGAUGAUGGGCACCCCGGGAUACAUGGCAUUUGAGAGCAUGUCGAGGGGGCCUGUGGCGGGUGCGGCGGGGCAAGACGUAGUGGGCGUGGCGAUGGUGCUUCUCAUGGUCUGCCUGAGGAAGGAGCUGAGGUCUCCCAAUCUGUACGCCAACAUGGCCCUGAUCAAUUCCGACGAGAUGACCAGGCUGAAGGAGCUGUUCCAGCGCAUGACUCUGGGUGAAGACAUUUCGGCGGAGAAGGAAUUGGCCCAGAUCGACAUGACCAAAAGGACGAUGGCGGACGGAUCAUUCGCGGCGAUGAUGCUCUCGGCCGACAAGCUCGACCCGACCCUCAAGUCGCCUGAGAUGCUGCUCGAAUCCCUCCCUCACUUUUUGGCUGCUGAUCCUACCGAGCGCAAGGACAUGGGGUCUCUCCUCGACCUCGCCCAGAGCCUGGCUGAGAUCAACCAGGACGUGUGAAGGAGGAGGAAGGUUGAGAGGGGGAGCAUGUCCACUCUUAUGUGCUGGGCUUUUUCGGCACGUCAAGGAUCUCCCGGCUUCGAACAAAGCGCACGUGCGUGCUUUUCAACAAGGCGUGCAUGCUUUCCGAUUCAUCUUUUCGGUGCUCGGGGUCAUUUCCCCAACGAACGACGGUUUGGUUCUGUUUUAUCUGUGGAAACCGGGGGAAGAGAGGUUGGGGUCUAAGGACGAGAUUGGUCGGCAGUUUUUUUUUGCUGCCAUUUUUGACGAAGGAUAAACAUAAGGUUUCAUGAACCAGUAGUAGGGAUUCCUUCGUCGUGGCCUCAGGGGAAGUUGGAGCUGUAUGUCUAGGUGUUAUAUGACCACGGUGUGGACUGAAGGAGGGCAGGGACGCCAAACUUGCAAACCAGAAUGCGACGCAGUUGUGAAUUUCCAUUGCUGGUUGUGCCAUCGCUGAGCGGAAAUCUUGCUCUCUAUCUGUACCACGCCGUUGGCUGUGCAUCGAUUUGUUUUUGUGAAGGAGAGGACAAGAGCGAUCGUGGGGUUCAGCAGGAUUUGACAUCCUGUUGUUGUCGACACAGUAUGAUAUUUGUGUGUGGUCACAGCAGUACGCUUCGGUCCAGUGGUGCGCUUAACUUGCUCAUCGUGUGUGAUUGAUGUCGAUGGCGUUCCUGUUUCUAUGUAGGUUCCAUGCACAGCUUUCUUUUUGCCUAGUUUGGGAAGUGUCGACCAGAACCGCGACUCGUACUGAUGGCCUGUGUGUAACUGUGCCCAAUGUUCCCUGGAACAUUUCAUAAGAAUACAGAGUACUUUGUUUUCUGUCCUGACGUGUACUGCCUGUAGUUUCCAUCUUUCUUGAGUGAACAUGACCGGGAUUGGAGCUUGUUUUUCGUCGGCUUUAAGCGUACCAUAUAUUGGGCAAAAACUUUUUUAGCUUGCCACGUACCACGAUUGGAGGGAGGGUGCGAGGGUGUGCCCCAGGCUCCACGUUUUUUGUGGUGUUUAGUACGCGUGUAUGCUCGUAGGCAGUGUGUCUGAUCAAGGGGUGCUACUCGCCAUAAGGUUACCGUCACUAUGCCCAGUGCGCAGAUAUCUACCAGCAGGGGGUAUGGUUUUGGCCAGUCUGGUGCGGAUGGCAUGCUUUGCAGUUGGCUGUCAAUGCAUGCGCUGGUUGGUGUCGUUGUUGUUCUUGGCGGGUGCAUCAAUGCGCUCAGCGUUUUAUCAACGUAGGCCUCGAGCGGUAGUGGCGUCACGCCGGUUCAUCUAGCUCACCGCCAUACGUUAGUGAGAAACGAGAGGCGUGCCCACGCCCGCAUCAAGGAUUCUGACCCUCAACAAGAUCUUCCACUGUUUCCGAAACUCCUCCCCCACCAUCUUCUACGUCUGUGGCAAGCAUGGGCACACACGGACUGACGCAUCAAGUUUUCAUGUCGGCACAUGUACCUCGUUUUAAUACUCGCGCAUGCUGGACGAAAACAACAUCCUGAAUUAAUAGGAUUAACUCAAGUUCCUUACUACACUAACGAGUGACGGGCACACGUUAGCGAGGCAAGAGCUCCGCCGGGCUGUGAUCUAUCAUCAUAUUUUUUGCAAUAUCCACGUCGUAACACCCAGAGGCCCGUAGUCGAGACCAACCUCCGAGCACCCCAAGCAACCUCCCUACCCGGUACGAGAGAGGAUCUACGAAGAAACUUUCCUCACGAUUUACCAGGAAUAACGGCACAUGCAACAAAACUAAAUUACCUGGUACAUACUUUAGAAGAACAAAGCCUAGACUAUAUAGUACUUUCGCAACGCAUUAUAUAGUUUUCCUGUUGCUUUUCUACUUUGUUCGCCGGAGCAGCACGACGUCGAUAGCAGCAUUCAUUCUAAAACAUCCUCUACGAUAUCACGCCCGGAGUCAUUUUUCAAGCGGUACAUUCGGACAUCAAGACAACCACCCCCACCCCGAGAGGGAUGUGACCACCUCUGGUUGUACUCGAAAAAGAGAAAUCAUAGCAACCACCAACAGUGUGGAGAACACCUUCAUAAAGGUUGAACUCCCCAACGUCUGUCGAGGACGAAACCAACCCUCUUUUCCACAAUGGCGUCGACGAAGAUAUGUCAAGUGUCUGCUUUUAAUUGCAAAAGACACGGGUUUAAAACCCGCUGUUCACCCACUUUUCUUCCGGGGUACGGAAAAAGAAAAACGGUGGGUGGGCCAACAAACGAUGCACUGUCUAUCGAACUCGAAACUUCUGGCAAUGCGUGGCGGAAGUGGCGCACCCGCAACACGCAAUGGAAGAUUGUUGGAAAAAAGGUGGUUCUACUCGCCGCCAGCCGGUCGGGUUCCGGUUACCCCAAGAAGACUUCUCUUGCCUAGCAAACAAGAAGAAGCCUCG